UGGGUGGGGGAACAAUUAUUAACGGCGUAUCAGCGGAUUUUGUUUAAACAAGAAUUCCAACUGUGGGGCCGAUAUUUGUUUUAUAUUUUUCUACAGUUUAUGCGUGUUGUUUUCGCGAAUUCUUGCCUACUGUGUUAAUGAUAAUAAUUUCAUCAGCAAAAAAAGUGUAUGGGGAACCAAUCCCAAAUAAGUACGUGGGGAAUAAAUUUGUUUAUUUCCUGGUACGACUUCCUUUAUAGUUAGUUGAAUGUCGUUUGUCAAGGUUAUGUGAAGCGAAAGUGUCAAGUUUAGAAAUCCUUUUUUUUAAUUUUCCUUACUUAAGUUUUUUAUUUUACUGCUUGGAAAUGGAAGUUCUUUCUCAGAGUUUACAACCCUACAAGCAAGUUAUCGGUAGUGUUGCGAUGUAUGUCACUAUCGCUCAGUUCUUGACUGGUGGAGCAAUUUGCUGGGAGAUCUACAACAAGAAGUCUUCCAAGGGCUAUAGUGCUACCCCCUUUAUUGGAGGGAUUGCUAUAGGUAUUCUUAUGGUAAAAUACGGAUACCUGCUAUCAGACCAGAUAACAAUAAACGUUAACGUCGUCGCGAUACUGUUCAACUCUAUAUGGGCCGCAAUUUACUAUCAAUAUUCAGAAAAUAAAUGGGAGGAAUUCGGAAAACCGACAUCCUAUGCCGUUGCUCUCGUGGCGGUGUUUCUGGGAUAUGCAGCGGUUGAAGAUCCGAAACAUUUGGAGUUCCGUUACAGUUUUCUAACCACAAUUUUAAUGUUAUUGUUGUUGGGCGCGCCUCUAACGGGAUUAAAAGAAAUCAUUGAGAAAAAGGACGCGUCUACCAUUCCUCUACCGAUGACUUUUAUGGCGGCCCUGGUCACUUUCCUCUGGUUACUGUACGGAAUCAUACUAAACAAUACAUUCAUGGUGGUACAAAACGUCAUAGCGUUUGGUAUAUGCGUUACUCAGUUAGUGCUGAUCGCGUUAUACCCGAAGAGAAUAAACGCAAGUGCGCAUAGCCAGCAUGACAAUUAAGUCAGGGAAGGCGGUGAUUUAUUUUUUAUCGGAAACCACAGAAUGUUAUGGAACGUACAAAUUGCAAAUUCAGACGGCGGGACGCUUACCCUUUGAAAAAUGUUUGUGUCGUGGCGGCAAGUGUUAAAUACUCGUUUAUUGAAUAAAACGCGUAGCUUCUU